CCUCCUCCUCUUCCUCCUCCCAGACAAACCCAGCCCUUUCCCUGCCUUGCCUUGCCUUGCCUUUCCUUUCCUUUGCGGUCUUUAGCGCCUCUGUACGCGUUUGGGAGUCUCCGAGCGGAGCGUGGAGUCGCACAAUGGCCGGCUUUCUCCUAGCGAGCCUGCGAUGCUGACGCCUGAGCCUCACUCGCCCCUUCCUGCUGCUCCUGCCGCUGGGAUUUCAUGUUCCCCAUUGGCCUGAAUGUCUGUGUCCAUGGCCAAGCGCGAGAGCGGCGGCGGCGCCGCCAGCCCGGUGGUGAGGCAGAUCGACAAGCAGUUCCUGGUGUGCAGCAUCUGCCUGGACCGCUACCACAACCCCAAAGUGCUGCCCUGCCUGCACACUUUCUGUGAGAGAUGCCUGCAGAACUACAUCCCUCCGCAGUCCCUGACGCUGUCGUGUCCGGUGUGCCGGCAGACGUCCAUCCUGCCCGAAAAGGGCGUGGCCGCUCUCCAGAACAACUUUUUCAUCACCAACCUGAUGGAGGUCCUGCAGCGGGACCCUGAGUGCAGCCGACCCGAGGCGUGCAACGUGCUGGACUCGGCCGGCGCCGCCACCACCUGCCCGCCUCUCUCCUGCCCCAACCACGAGGGCAAGGUGAUGGAGUUCUACUGCGAGUCGUGUGAGACGGCCAUGUGCCUGGAGUGCACGGAGGGCGAGCACAGGGAGCAUGUGACGGUGCCUCUGAGGGACGUGCUCGAACAACACAAGUCGGCACUCAAGAACCAGCUGGACACCGUACGCAACAGACUUCCUCAGCUGACGGUGGCCAUCGAGCUAGUAAACGAGAUCUCCAAGCAGCUGACGGAGCGCAAGCACGCCGCCGUGACGGAGAUCAACGACACUUUUGACGAGCUGGAGAAAGCCUUGCACCAGCGCAAGAGCGCCCUUGUCGCCGAGGUGGACAACAUCUGCAGCGCCAAGCAGAAGGUGCUCCAAGCCCAGCUGACGUCGUUACUGCAGGGCAAAGAGAACAUCCAGAGCAGCUGCGACUUCACCGAGCAGGCCCUGAGCCACGGCAGCGCCACCGAGGUGCUCCUGGUCCAGAAGCAGAUGGGCGAGCGGGUCAGCGCCCUGGCGCGCCACACCUUCCCCGAGUACCCGCACGAAAACGGCCACCUGGAGUGCCAAGUGGAGACGGACGGCCUGCGGCGCUCCAUCCAGAACCUGGGAGUCUUGAUCACCACGGGGGCGGUGGGCCACACCAGCGUGGCCACCGGCGAGGGCCUGCGCCACGCGCUGGUGGGCCAGCACACCACCGUCACCGUCACCACCAAGGACAAAGACGGCGAGCUGGUCAGGACGGGCAACGCCGCCCUGCGGGCCCGCAUCGUGUCGGCCGAGGGUGCGGCGGCCGAGGCCGAGGUGACGGACAACAAGAACGGCACCUACGAGGUGGGCUACACGGCCCGCGCCGAAGGCGAGUUCGCCUUCUCGCUGCUGCUCUACGAACAGCCCGUCCGGGGGAGCCCCUUCCGCCUGCGCGCCGUCAAGCCCUCCGACGUGCUGCAGUCGCCCGAUGACGUCAAGCGGCGGGUCAAGUCGCCGAGCGGCGGAGGAGGUCACGUGCGCCAGAAGGCCGUCAGAAGGCCCUCCAGUAUGUACAGCACCACCAAGAAGAAGGAGAACCCCAUUGAGGACGAGCUCAUCUACAGAGUCGGAACAAGAGGACGUGACAAAGGAGAAUUCACCAACCUUCAAGGCAUCUCCACCUCCAGCAACGGUCGCAUCGUGGUGGCCGACAGCAACAACCAAUGCAUACAGGUGUUCUCCAACGACGGGCAGUUCAAGAUGCGAUUCGGGGUCAGAGGUCGCUCCCCGGGGCAGCUGCAGCGCCCGACGGGGGUGACGGUGGACAUGAACGGCGACAUCAUCGUGGCCGACUACGACAACAGAUGGAUUAGCAUCUUCUCCUCCGACGGAAAAUUCAAAAACAAAAUCGGUGCCGGUCGUCUGAUGGGUCCGAAAGGAGUGGCCGUGGACAAGAACGGACACAUCAUCACUGUGGACAACAAGGCCUGCUGCGUCUUCAUCUUCCAGGCCAACGGAAAGCUGGUCACCAAAUUUGGAGCCAAGGGAACGUCCGACAGACACUUUGCUGAAAAAAGUGGAGCAAAUGUGACACUUGAACAAAAGCUGAGUAAAUCAGGCCCCGUCUUCAGUCCUCAUUUUGUGGCAGUCAAUAACAAGAAUGAGAUUGUUGUGACGGACUUUCACAACCAUUCCGUGAAGGUCUACAACGCAGACGGCGAGUUCCUGUUCAAGUUUGGCUCGCACGGUGAAGGCAACGGCCAGUUCAACGCUCCCACGGGCGUGGCCGUCGACGCCAAUGGCAACAUCAUCGUGGCCGACUGGGGCAACAGUCGCAUCCAGGUUUUUGACAGCUCAGGCUCCUUCUUGUCCUACAUCAACACGACGGCAGACCCCUUGUACGGCCCGCAAGGCUUGGCGCUCACCUCGGACGGCCACGUGGCGGUGGCUGACUCGGGCAACCACUGCUUCAAGGUUUACCGCUACCUGCAGUAAGACGCCACAAAGGCACAGGGUGUAAUAAAAGCUCUCGUCUCACGGAUCAGCCAUGACGCUCGCGCCGUGGGCUCAGAAUUUUAGGAUGUUUUUAUUUUCCAAAUUUGACGACAUAGCUUCUUUUAAGGAACACGCGGAGUGUACGAGUGUGUGUGUGUGUGUGUGUGUGUGUGUGUGUGUGUGUGUGUGUGUGUGUGUGUGUGUGUGUGUGCGUGCUACAAAGAUAGCUCCAUUCGAUUCCAGUAUUACACGAGCCUUAACUUUGUCCCAAUGCAUGCAAUUUGAUUUCAUCUCCGUAACGUCAUUUAUAUACCGACAAGUAUUUGGGCCACACCACUGCAAAGAAAACAACUAGUCAAUUUUUUAUUUUUUUUUUAAAAUCAAUUUCAGUCCAUUUUAUUCACUGCUUGGCGUGAAACAAUAAUUUGCUGUAUGUACUUAGUGUAUAUAGCGAACUAAAUGUAUAUUAUUGUGUAUAAUACAACAUGACGAGGACGCAGCGGCAGCGGCACCCAAGGCAGCUGUUUUCAAAUAUGCGCUUUUCAAAACUUGCUUGAUGAACAUACGUACACUAGAAGAAUAUUUAUUGCGAUUAAAGCAGCACAAUAUCGUUUUUUUGUUGAUGACUUUUGUUUUAUAUGAUUUUAAGCAACAAGGAGGCAGGACGGGGGGGAGCUAAUUUAUUUGAUUUUAUACACAUGCUCUGCUUUUACACUUUUAUUUUUUAAAUGGAAAUGCGUUUGAAUUGUUUUAAUUUUAUUUGAUCUGACAAGGCCAUGUCACCUUUCAAAGGAGUAUUGAUUGAAAUUUGUGAAUUAAUUUGUGAUCAUGUGAAGAUGGGCUGCAUAUGAUGAUCUCGUUUUCUAUUUAAUCAAUUGAUACAAAAACAAAUUUAUUUUGAAAUUCAAGCAAUUAAUUAGGGUUAACCCUAAAUUACAGUAAUACAUUCAUUCAGUCAAUUAACGAAAGGUCCAAACACACACAAACACAAAAGUACAGGGAAUAUGUAAGCAUAAAUUACAUUUGAUAUAUAAUUUGGAUCCAAUGUGUAAUCUUUCUGCUUGUAUUUAAUCCCAGGCAACCAACCAACUCUCAAUCAAAAAUAAAAAUGUGUGUUUUUGAGGUGCGUGUUGGGGAAAAAAUACACUUCUCAGGAAACACAAACUGGCAGGUUGAUUAUUUUAUUAUAUUGUAAUUAUAAUCAUCACUGUUAUAAUGAAGGACCUUGAAAAAGUAUGCACCAAAUUUGGGUGAUGACAGAUUGCGUGAACUUUUGCUUUCAGUCUGAUCUUUGUUGUACUGUUCCGCUUUGGCUCCCCCUGCCGGCCAUUGUGUGCCAACACUUCAUUUAUUCAGAUGAAUAGUGACGGUUUUUAAAACUACCCAUGAUCUUAAUACAAAACAUUUCAUCAUUGUGGUUUAUUUCUACAAUUGUGUCUCGCACGCGCGCGCACACUGACAAUACGUGGUCUGGUUUCUAGAAAUAUGCACUGGUAAUAAAAGCACAUGGUUACCUGAAAA